ACCUUCUGUAUAAUUAUGUUUUGCUUUCCUUCGCAGGAGCUGCCGAUACAAAGGCCUGUCAGGGCUGGGGAGAAAUCUCACGCCACCUGUGACAUCAAGAUCAAGAUCAGACGGAGGGAGGACAGCAGCUGAGUGUUGGACUCCAGAAAAGAUUUUUGUUUGCAUGGUUUCUGAGGAUGGAGGGCUGCAGACGGGACUGGAACAAGGUAAAGAAGAAAAUAACAAGAUGUAUCGCUAUCCUCCAGAGGGACCUCCCAGAUAUCUACACUUCAGAGCACCCAACCAAGCACAUCUUCAUAGGCAAUGCAGGACUGACCACAAAUGCAGAUGAAUCUUCCUUGGUGGAGCUGAUCACGUCUGUUGGGUGCGGCCUGGAGGCCCUCACGCUGCUGCCAGGGAAGCAGUACAGCUUUGCCUCCUUCACCACCCCUGAGCAGGCCAGGACAGUGAUAGUGGCAGCUCAUGGCCAUCUGGCUGUGCGUGGCUCCACCUCCCCCGUGUACAUGGCUUAUGUGGACAAAGUACCUCUGGACCCAUCACCCAUCAAGUUCAGGUUCCCGCCGGGCCUGUCUGUAAUAGAGGACUUCGUCUCCCCAAAGGAGGAGCUACAGCUGAUGAACUUGGUGGACUGGGGAGCCACACCCUCUUGUACAGCUCAAGGGAGCGUCAUGAAGCACCGUCAGGUUCGUCACUUUGGGUACGAGUUCCAGUACAGCACCAACCGCGUGGACAAGGGGCGGCCGCUGGCCCAGGGGCUGCCCCCGGCCAUUGACUACCUGCUGUGGAGGAUUGUGGAGCGUGGCUGCAUGCCGUCCGUACCCGACCAGCUCACCAUCAACAGAUACCUGCCCGGCCAGGGCAUCCCCCCCCACGUUGACACCCACAGCUCCUUCACGGACGAGCUGCUCUCUCUCAGUCUGGGCGGCGGCGUCAACAUGGACUUCCGGUACAUUGGUGGCAGUGGAGGCAACGGAAACGGCGAGGGAAGCAAAGACAAGCCGCCUCAUUAUGUGGUGUACCUUCCCUCGAGGUCACUCUGUGUUAUGACUGGCCCGGCACGGUAUGAGUGGUCGCAUGGCAUCUGUCCGCGCAUGACAGACGUCGUGGCCAGCAGGAACAGCGCCACGGGGCUCCAGCUGCUGCCACGCCGGGAACGCAUCUCCUUCACCUUCAGGAAGAUCCGGCAGGGGGAGUGUACGUGCAACAACGCCAACAUCUGCGACUCUUACAGCAAGAAACAGAAGAGUGAGUUUGGCUGCAGUAAGGGAGAGAGCAAGGGCUGCCCCACUACCCCUGGCGAGGCACCCACUGACAGGUCUGCCGCACGCCUGGAAAAGGAACACGUCUUGGAGGUGUAUGACCAGAUAGCGGAGCACUUCAGCGUCACGCGCCACAAGCCUUGGCCGCAGGUGCUGGAGUUUGUAUUGUCGCUGCCUCUGGGGUCCAUGCUGCUGGAUGUUGGGUGUGGCAAUGGCAAGUACAUGGGCCACAACAAGCAGGUGUUCCAGGCUGGUUGUGAUACGAGCUUUGAGCUGAUGAAGAUCUGCAAUGGGCGGGGUUUUGAAGUCUUGACGUGUAACUGCUUGCACUUGCCGUACCGUGACUCAAUAUUUGAUGCCGUCGUGUGCAUCGCCGUCAUUCAUCACCUGGCAACUGAGGGCCGGCGCCUGGCAGCUGUGAGGGAGAUGGUGCGUGUUCUGAGUGUCGGGGGCCGCGGCCUGAUCUACGUGUGGGCCAUGGAGCAGCGGCAUGGGGACAAGAAGUCAACCUACCUCAAGCAAAACAAGGAAGACAUUGCCAAGGAUGAUAACAAUGAGGAAAGUAUGUCCUCCAACAAGCCUCAAGACAGAGCUGAUGCGGGCAAAACGGGCGCUGCCUCCCUCCCUGUCCACGUGAACCGCACAGAGUUUGUGCAGCAAGACAUGCUGGUGCCCUGGAAGCUGAAGCCUCCCAGGAAGUAUGAGGCAAAGUGUGAGAGAAGGAGGUGUGACCGAGGCUGUGGUGUGAGUCACAGCUGCAGAAACAAAAAGGCUCAAGACACCUGUGACCCGGGCGUAGACACACUGCAGAUAACAAGCAAUUGUGGCGUUCUGGCAGCACAGGAGAACGUGCGCUGCGAUAACUGUCACUCCAAAUCCAGGAAAAAAGCUGCCUGUGCUGAGAACAGAGCUGAUCAAGUCUUCCACAGAUACUAUCAUGUCUUCAAGCAGGGAGAGCUGGAGCUACUGUGCAGUCAACUCAAUGUAAGAAUUACUAAGUCUUUUUAUGAUGAAGGGAAUUGGUGUGUGAUCUUCCAGAAAGUAAGUUGAAAUAAACUCUUUAGUAUUGCAGUAAUUAACGUUUUACAAUGUCAAACAACUCUAGUGUAGUAAUGAAUAGUGAAACUUCAAGUGAGAGAAAGAGGUAACUGAUAGUUGUCUGGGGUGCAGCACACAGGGAACAGUGGUGCAGUGGGGGAAGGCAUCAUGGCAGGGCCAGAAUAGUGCAGCCAAGAGCCUCUCAAAGUUUGUCAUUUUUAUUUGCCUGUUACUCAGCAACCAACCUUAUGAUUUCUUUCAUUUUGCUGGCAAAAGGUGAAGAAAUCUAUAUAUUAUCAGAAAAAGUAUAUAAUUUACACCCAGUGAGCUCAUAUAAUGACCCUUCAAUGAGGCUAUGCAUCUGUUUAAAACAUUCUUUGUCUCCAUCGUGACAAUUUUCAGACUAAUUUAUCCAGUUAAGCAACACUGUGAUGUUCACAGCAACCACACAAUCCUGUGGAGAUUCAAGGGACACAGAAGCUGGAGAGUCACAUCAUUGGUCAAUACACUGAUCCUUCCCCCACUGCCUCACAUGUUUGAUAAGGUACUGAUGGAGAUUUGUUAUGGUGAUCUACUCCUGAGGGUAGACAUCACAAGAAAUGCCAUCAUAGCUGUAGGAAUUUAGUCAAAUAGAAAAAUCACAUUAGCAAUGUAUUGAUCACAAUGCGCACUUGUCAACUUGAACAGUUUUAGAAGAGAAGAAUAAAUCUCAGGCUAAUGCAUGGCACCAACAUGCUCUGGCUGAUCUCAAAAGACAAAGGUAAGAGUCUGGCAUAAUACUGAACAGCCACAUAUAUUUCUACUGACCAUGAGGUGUGUCAGACACUGAACAGUAUAUAUCAUGGUCUUGCAAGGCUGCUUGGAAGAAGAAAACAGUGAUCCAAUAACACUGUCCAUGCUCAUAUGAAAAGCUGAGGGACUGCUAUAAGACAGACACUUAGGAGGAGAUACACAACCUCAAUAAUGUGGUGUGCUUCAGGCCAUAAUAGAGCAAAUGGCAGCUUCAAGGAAUGGCACCACAAAGCAGCACUCGAGCGGUAUCACUGUGUGGAAGUAAAGUGUUCUGAGGCACCGAUAGAAUCGCUCCGCAGAAUAAAACUGGUGCAGUCCCGGCUCAACAUAAUGCCUUCAACUGUGAGCUUCAGCAUUUAAUAUAUAUCAUGAAAUGGGAUACUACGUACAUACAUUUUGAUCCUGUUGUGAUAACUAGGUUUAAUCAACUCACCUUUCACUGCCAACACAGCACUGCCAUCCUUGUACAGUGUAGCCUGAAGUCUUUUUAGCAUUUUUAUACCAGUCAUUUGUAGAGAUACUUGCCAAAACUGAAUUAACCACUGACAAAGCAAUGCAAGAAUUGCAAUCUCAUGGCAACCUUGCAAAAUGCUCAAGCCUGGUGACGCCAAGGCUGAUGUGACUCCCGGCCCAGAGGGAUUCCUGGCUGUGGACUUAUUACUUAUGGGAGAGUGAGGCCAUUUGGUAACAUUUCCAUAGUGUUGUGUGUGUGUGUGUGGGGGGGGGGGGGGACCUCAUUGGUGUAUGCGUAGGGGACACGUUACAGGAAUCAUACCACUCCUGGCUGUGGAUUUUGUAUUACUUAUGAGAGAGAGAGACAACUGAUUAACGUUUCCGUAAUAUUGUGUAUGUGUAUGUGCGUGUGGUGACCUUGGUGUAUGGUGAGGGAAGCUGCUUGAGUGCACAAGGUAUAUACAAGAGAUCCCAAGUGUUUCUUGUUGGCUCAUAGUGUUCUGGUGUCUGCUGCAUGAUGGGAAAGGUUAAGUUGGGGAUGUAGGCCAAGCUGUGAGUCUCAGUAACCCUAGAGCCUGUGUGGGGCAAGGAACCAUUACCCAGGACACAGGGCAAGGGUGAGAUAGGGCUACUAAUAAUUACAUUCCCCAAGUACCUAUUUAUUGACCAGCCCAAAAGGUAGGCUGGGUAUUGACUGCCCUGGUUGGGAUCAAACUUAGGCCUACAGACUCUUAGCUAUAAAGGCAUGAUAAUAGCUACACCAAAGAGGCACUGUGAUGUAUACCAUUAGCUUUCUUUUUUAUGAAGUGUGUGUGUGUGUGUGUGUGCGCAGAACUGAUUCGUUAUGCUACUCAGUAUGUUGUUGUAUAUGUUGUCAUGUUGCAUAUUUUAAGAUUUCCAAACUUAUGAACCCAUUAAUAAAUAUUGUUUGUCAUCUGAGUGGUUGGUCACUAUGCUCUAGUCAUUUUAGGUUAGUCUAAAUACAUCUAAUGUGUGUGUGUGUGUGUGUGUGUGUGUGUGUGUGUGUAUGUAUGUAUGUGUGUGUGUGUAAGGAGAGAGAGAGAGAGAGAUCAUGCAUAAUGUUGUUGCAUGACCCCUCUCUAGGUGUAGUAGACUGAAUAGAAGAGGACUAUUUCUGUUGCUUGUUAUAAUGUGGACAAUAAAUAAACCUUGGUGAGUAGCAUGUCUUUAUGAGGCGAUCCUGUCUUGUCAUAGAAGAUUAAAGACAUUCGUUGGAUA